AUCCCCGGCCGGGCCAAACGACGAUGGGACCAUGGGGCUACCUGGAACUGACUACUUCAGGAGUGCUUCGGGUCGUCAUUUCGUAUGCGCUCAACCGAACUAUGGGAUAGAUCUGCAGGAGCUGGCAGAUGACAGAAACGAGUUGACAUCGUUGGUUGCCAAAGUAGUGCCUGGUCAACUCUUAGAGCUGCAAGAGGUUCGUGGAGACUGGGGCUAUGGCAUCCCCAUGCUCUACCGCGACGGCGCCCAAGCGGGCGCCUUGCCGCUGCCCGGCGGCCGGGGGGCGGCCGGCAUCUUCCGCUUGGACUGGGUGAAGUUGGUGCUCCUCGGGCCGGGCCUGCGGCGGGUGGAUGUGGAUGUGGAUGGAACGAUGAAAGAUUUUAGCCCAGAGAAGCCCAAGAACUUCUAUGAGAGGUUUGAAGCUAUUUGUCGCCGAAAAGCCCUAGACCGGGUAGCUUCCAAUGUGGAUGCGGGUGAGACAAAGGAGGUACCUAGUGCAGAUGAAGGAGCCUCUCGACCAUUGGCAGAAGUCAUUUUGGAGGAGAUCAUCAAAGCAGACUGCCAGGACCCAGCGCCUCCUCCUGGCUUAGGACCAAGUGCAGGGACCGUGUUCAGCCCCAGUCGUUCCACGUCCUCUGGAGAAGCCCAUGAUGCGGAUGACGAUGAAGGAAGUCCCAAGCGCCGAGCCACGUUGGGACGGCGCCCGCGCUUGGCGCGCGAUGGACGCCACGGCCUGUCUCCGGAAGCCUUCUCCAGCCACGCGCAGAGCCCCAUGCGCAUCGUCAAAGACGAGACCGGCGACGACUCGAAACUGGAAGAAACUGGUCGCAGACAGAGGCACAACACUUUGUCCAGUUUGCUGCAAGCCAACAGGACGGGGAAGCUGCAACGGUUACUGGAGAACCUACGGCGUGAACAGCAAGACAUGGUGCGCUCCGCGGUGGACCUGCAAGACUUGAAGGAGCGCUUCAAGGUGGCCAUGCUAAGCGCCCAUCGUACUGGUGAGCUGCAAAAGGUCGCCGAAAAGUUGGCAACAGAGGUGGAGCGUCGCGCGGACGACUUCCAACGUUUGAAGGAGCGCGCCUUGGAAAGUCUGCUGCGGAUGAAACGGGCCGGAGAACUGGAUCGAAUGGCCCAGGAAAUGAGGACAGCCAGCGAGGCACAAGCUGUCGAGGAUGCCCGGCCGGCCUUGUCUGCCAAGCAACGGGCGCUGCAGAGCCUGUUGGAGAUGAAGAGGUCGGGAGAACUGCAACUGCUGGCAGAGGAGAUGGACUCGGCCCAGAAGGCCUUGGAGGCCAAGGCCGCGCAGCUGCGCGGGCUGCGCGGCGCAGCCUCCUUAGGCAACGGCGAGUUGGAGCGCCUGGUGGAUCAGAUGACGGAGGAAUUGGAGAGCCAGGCAGAGAGCAUUCGAUCUCGCGUUCGCAAAGGUUUGCUGCGUGCACACCGGCGGGGCGAGCUACAGGAUCUGCGGCAGGAGUUGGACGAGUUAGCCGAUGAAGUGCCAUCGAUGCCCAGCAAACAACGGGCCAAGCGCUGGCAGGAGACCAUCAGUAGCGACUCGGAGCCAGAAAACGUUCGCCGCCGCGACGACGACCUUUCUAGUAACGAGGGCAGUGAUGCGGACACCAAACAGCUGGACGGAGCGGCUGCUGUCAGUCGCUGGCAGGCGCAAGCCAACAAACCUCGCAAGCGUUGGGCGGAUAUGACCACCAGCAGCGAUUCAGAUUUGGAUCCAGUUGGCAGCCAAGCGGGUAGGGCAGUGGGGCCUCUGCCGGUCGCAUCCAAGGCCGUGAGGGCGAUCUCAGCUUCUGCUAGGCCCCAGAACCCAUCGACUGCAGCCAGCAGCCAUGAUCCGCCCAAAAGAGCGUGAUGUGGAAAA